UUCCACAGCCUGGGAUUGCAACUUUCACCCAACGUUAUUCCAUUUAUCCUACACGGCGGAAAGCUUGCACUAAACCAUUUAUUAUAACAAUUUCAGCUGACUGCAUAGGCGGUGUAACAAAAAGCCAUGUGACAAUAAACUAAACAGCACCUUGCACCAAAGAUACUAGAGGAGCGCCUCUAUAAUCUAGUUGAAGCUCCUCUAUAAUCCUUGCCUUGCACUGUGCAACACGUCCAGUUCCCAGUUAGCGAGGAGGGAGAGAGGGAGAGGGGCGAUGGCUGGAGGUUUUGCAGCCAGGACAACAGAUAUUUAAGACCAGCAGCAGCAGCUUGGAUUUGAAAAUGGUGCCAAGCAUAGCGACUCUUCCAUACCACGGUGCACGGCUUUGAGUGCUAACAUUGACAAGGGUUCUUGUAUUCAUUUUGAAGAACAAAUGUUCCAUUCGUCGAUUUGAGGUUGCCAUGGAUGUCCAGAACAGUGGUGCACCUGAGUUGGAGCUUCACCGUGUAGAACAGGCUCCAGCAACUGUAUAUUACAUCCCCAACUUCAUCACUGUGUCAGAAGAAAAUUAUCUUCUGCAGCAGGUUUAUAAUUCCCCGAAACCCAAAUGGACUCAGUUGUCGGGAAGAAGGCUACAGAACUGGGGCGGUUUGCCCCACCCAAGGGGCAUGCUGGCUGAAAAGCUUCCCGAAUGGCUGGACAAGUACUCCAGGAAAAUCUCAUCCAUGGAUGCUUUCUCGGGGAAAGUUGCCAAUCAUGUCUUGGUUAACGAAUACAAUCCUGGUGAAGGAAUCAUGCCUCAUGAGGACGGACCAAUGUAUUUUCCGACUGUGACCACAAUAAGCCUUGGCUCUCAAACUCUCUUAGAUUUCUAUCAACCCAUUCAAAGAGAGAAUGAAAUGGGAGAGGUUGGUUUUCCACAAACGGAGGAGAAUCGCUUUGUCCUAUCUCUGCUGCUUGAACCACGCAGCCUCCUAGUGCUGAAGGACGAGAUGUACUUGCACUACCUGCAUGGGAUCAGACCCACGUCCCAGGAUACCAUAACAGAGAAGGUGGCAAACCUGAACUCGUGCAACUCCAAGCUGGGGGCCAAUUUAACCCGCACUACAAGAAUAUCUCUGACCAUUCGUCACGUGCCAAAGGUUUUGAAAACUACCAUUCUGCUGGGGAAGAGGAGAUAAGGGAGACACAAAAUGCUGGAGUAACUCAGCGGGACAGGCAGCAUCUCUGGAGAGAAGGAAUGGGUGACGUUUCGGGUCGAGACCCUUCUUCGCACGCUAUAAGAUGAAAUAAGUGAGAUGAGGACACAGAUCCGGCACAACUUGUUCAUCUGCUUUCUCCACCCCCGUCUUGAAAUUUACUCCUCUACACCAAA